AGGUACAGUAAUGUUUGAUUCAUGGGCGGGAGUUUCUUAGCUUAAUUCAAAAAAAAAAAUGGGGAAAUUUGUAUAAGAAAAAGCUGAAAAGUGGUAUCAAGUCUCUGUCAAGUCUCACACUGUGUCACCUUCGACUUCCCAACUUCAUUUCAGCAUCACAUGCUCUACACCUUUUAUAUUUGGGGGAAUGAGAAAAAGGGAAUAAAAAAAAAUAUAAAAAAAAACAAACAAUAUAUCUGAUCUUGUUAUCUGGAAACCCUACUGAUAUUCCACAGAUCUUUGCAGACGUUUUUCUUUUAUUUUUUCUAUGGAUCUUUUAUGCUCUGAAAUCUGAAAUCUGAAAUCUGAACUCAUCUUCUGUUUUUAUUCAUUGCUGGCUCCCAACUCGCCGUCCGAUCCCUGGUUGUUUUUUGUUUCAGAGUCAAGGUGAACAGUGCCCAUUCGCGAUUCAAAUGGCGGUACUGAGGCGUUGGUUGAUAGCUUAGUGCGGUUUCAGAAAUCACUCACGGCGAUGAAUUUCUGAACCUGGAGAUGGAACGGAGGAAAUGGUUGUGGAAGAGGAAAUCUUCUGAGAAAAGCCCUGGGGAAACAGAAAGUUCAGGAUCGAUAUCUUCACUUUCUGAGAGAUAUUCUGAUGAUCAGCAGGAGGCAUUUAAGGCAUCCCCAAAUAAUAACACUCAAUCACCAGAAGUCACAUCGAAGGCUGCAGCUGGUAGUGAAGAAGUUAACGAUAGUGUGAGGAUUCUGACAGACAAAUUAUCAGCUGCUCUUUUGAAUGUUAGUGCCAAGGAAGACUUGGUCCAGCAGCAUGUCAAAGUUGCCGAGGAAGCUGUUGCAGGCUGGGAAAAGGCUGAAAAUGAAGUGGAAGUUCUGAAACAGCGACUUGAUGCUGCAGCUCAGCAGAACUUGGCGCUAGAAGAUAGAGUGGGCCAUCUUGAUGGGGCCCUCAGGGAAUGUGUUAGGCAGCUUAGACAGGCAAGAGAGGAACAGGAACAGAAGAUCCAUGAAGCUGUGGUAAACAAAACCUGUGAAUGGGAAUCCACCAAAUCUGAGCUUGAGAGCCAGCUGGAUGAGCUCCGGACAAAGAUAGAGACUGCUAAAGCUGGACCUGCUGCUUCUGUUAAUCCUGAUCUUUACCAUAAGCUUGGAGCUUUAGAGAAGGAGAACUCAUCUCUCAUGCUUGAGCUCCAGUCUCAGGCUGAGGAAUUGGAGAUAAGGACUAUUGAGAGAGAUUUGAGCACCCAAGCAGCUGAAACUGCAAGCAAGCAGCAGCUAGAGAGCAUAAAAAAAGUUGCCAGGAUAGAAGCUGAGUGCCGGAGACUGAAAGUCAUGGUUCAUAAAUCAUCCUCUAUCAAUGAUUGCAAAUCAGUUGCUGCUUCCUCUGUUUGUGUUGAAUCUUCCACUGAUAGUCACUCAGACAAUGGAGAACAGGUAAAUGCAGUUGACAUUGAUACACGCAAGACAAGCAACUUGGAACUGAAUGAGCGGGAGCUGAGUUGCUCAAAUUCAUGGGCAUCGGCACUUAUUGCUGAGCUUGAUCAAUUCAAGAAUGAAAAAUCAGUGAACCGAAGUCUCACAUCCUCUUCCAUCAAAAUUGACCUCAUGGAUGAUUUCCUUGAGAUGGAACGGCUUGCCGCAUUGCCUGAAGCCGAAAGUAAGAGUGGAAGCCAGUGCCUUGCAUCAGAAGCUGUUGCCAAUCAAAACGGUGAUGGAAAAAGCCCAUUAAGAGCUGAGCUUGAAGCCAUGAUUCAUAGAACUGCUGAGCUGGAAGAGAAGUUAGCAAAGGUGGAAGCAGAGAAAGCUGAACUGGAGUUGGCUUUAUCAGAAAGUCAAACUUGUCUCGAGGCAUCACAGAUUCAACUGAAGGAGGCUGAAAUGAAGUUAGAGGACCUGCAGAGAGAGCUGGAUUCCACUAACAAAUUGAAGCAAUCCUUUGAAUUUGAAUUUACAAGCAUGAAAGCAGAGGCCAAAUCCAUGUCCACCAAGGUUGAAUCGCUGGAAGCAGAGGUUGAUAAGGAGCGAGCUUUGUCGGCAGAAAUCACAUUGAAGUGUAAGGAAUUGGAGGAUGAGCUAUUGAGAAAAAAUAAGGCAGGUGAACUACAAGAAGCUGUAAGCUCCAAUGGUGAAAUGAAGGUAAAAGAGGAGGACCUAGCUGUUGCAGCUGGGAAGCUAGCAGAGUGUCAGAAAACAAUUGCAUCUCUUGGGAAGCAACUAAAAUCCCUAGCAACACUGGAAGACUUCCUGCUCGACACUGCAAACCUACCAGAGUUUUCUGGAAGUGGACUGCCAAAUCCUAAAGCUGAUGGAGAACCACGCAACUUGCAUUCAAGUGACAUAUUAUUGCCUAAUAGGGAUCCUGAAUCUUUGAAAACAACUAGUGAAAUUUCUGGUCCUUCAGUGAAUGGUAAUGGCAGGAAUUCACCUCAAUCUACAUACUCAUCGGCUUCAUCUGCUGUGUCAUUAAAUCAUGGCAGCUCUGAGAAGGGUCGCCAUGGGUUCGGGAAGUUGUUUGCCCGGAGUAAAAAUGGAAUUCAACUAGAUAAUUAGUUUAAAAGAAAAAAAAAGUCGGUGAAGAGUUCGUUUUUGUUCCGUUCUUUUUCGAGGUCAGGGGUGGAGAGCAAAAUGUAUUUUGAUUUCCUGGUUGUAAAAUUGCAGGAUUUAAUGUUUUACGAUUAUAGAAAUUGUUGAUUAAAUGCUGUUUAAUCAGCAGUUAUUUUCAUGUUGAUAAUGGUGUCUCUGGAGGAUACAGUUUCAAUCCAUCUCUAUGGGUUCUUAUUUGAAUUAUCAAAGUUGAAAGAUUUGUUGUAA